GCCUGAGCCGCGGUCGCCGCCGCUGUUGCUGCCUGCUGUCAGGGCCAUAAUAAUCCAGUACAUCAGGGAUGCUCUAUCAUUGUGCUCAUAAACGAGGAAACGUGCGCCAGAGCCUAGCCUCGAUCAGAGGCCUCGCCAGAUCAGGGGACUCAGCUGCUCCCACACCCCAUGGCAGCACUGGCUGGUUUUUCUGGUUUGCUCCCCACUUGCAAUUUGCAUAAUUCUUUGAAGAACUACCUGGAGCUGAAGGGCCUAUUUUCAGUGCUAGCAAGGAAGCCCAUCCUAGUUGGAAUCUGGGGCUGGAAAUGGCCACAAGAGAUAGAUCAAGCCAGAGGCUGCCCCCAGGAACUGAGCCAGCUGAGGAAGGGGAGUCACACCUGCCCACAGGCCGGGAUCUGACCGAGGCCAACCGCUUCGCCUAUGCUGCCCUCUGUGGAAUCUGCUUGUCCCAGCUGUUUCCAGAACCUGAGCACAGCUCCUUCUGCACAGAGUUUGUGGCGGGCCUGGUGCAGUGGCUGCAGUUGUCCGAAGCCGUCUUGCCGACCAUGACUGCCUUUGCCACUGGCCUGGGAGGCGAAGGAACAGAUGAAUUUGUGCAGGUUUUAAUGAAGGACCCUAUCUUGAAGAAGGAUCCAAUGGUCCUCACACAGGACCUUCUGAGCUUCUCACUCAAGGAUGGGCACUAUGACGCACGAGCGCGAGUCCUCAUUUGCCAUAUGACCUCACUCUUCCACCUGCCCCUGGGAGAGCUGGAGCUCCUUGAAGAAACAUUCCUGGAGAGCCUGAAGGAAACCAGAGAGGAGGAAUCUGAGGCGGCCGAGGCAUCCCGGAAGAAGAAAGAAAACCGCAGGAAGUGGAAGCGCUACCUCCUAAUAGGCCUGGCGACUGUUGGGGGUGGCACCGUGAUUGGCGUGACGGGGGGCCUGGCUGCCCCUCUCGUUGCCGCCGGAGCUGCAACCAUCAUUGGUAGUGCUGGAGCAGCAGCCCUGGGGUCAGUGGCCGGCAUAGCUGUGAUGACCUCACUCUUUGGUGCUGCGGGAGCUGGCUUGACAGGGUACAAAAUGAAGAAGCGGGUCGGAGCCAUCGAAGAGUUCACAUUUCUGCCUCUGUCGGAGGGCAGGCAGCUGCACAUCACCAUUGCCAUCACCGGUUGGCUGGCAUCAGGGAAAUACCGCACUUUCAGUGCCCCAUGGGCCGCACUGGCUUGCAGCCGUGAGCAAUACUGCCUGGCCUGGGAAGCCAAGUAUCUGAUGGAGCUUGGCAAUGCCCUGGAGACCAUCCUCAGUGGCCUUGCCAACAUGGUGGCGCAGGAGGCUCUCAAGUACACAGUGCUAUCCGGCAUUGUGGCUGCCCUCACCUGGCCAGCCUCACUCCUUACCGUUGCCAAUGUCAUCGACAACCCCUGGGGGGUGUGUCUCCACCGCUCAGCAGAAGUUGGCAAGCACCUGGCCCACAUCCUGCUCUCCCGCCAGCAGGGAAGGCGGCCUGUCACCCUGAUUGGUUUCAGUCUGGGAGCCAGAGUCAUCUACUUCUGUCUGCAGGAAAUGGCACAGGAGAAAGAUUGCCAAGGCAUCAUCGAGGACGUGGUCCUGCUGGGCGCCCCCGUAGAGGGAGAAGCCAAGUACUGGGAGCCUUUCCGGAAGGUGGUGUCUGGGAGGAUCAUCAAUGGCUACAGCAGGGGUGACUGGCUGCUGAGCUUUGUGUACCGAACGUCUUCUGUGCAGCUCCGAGUGGCUGGCCUGCAGCCCGUGCAGCUCCAGGACCGAAGGGUGGAGAAUGUGGACCUGUCCUCUGUGGUCAGUGGCCACUUGGACUACGCCAAGCAGAUGGAUGUCAUCCUGAAGGCUGUGGGCAUUCCCACCAAGCCGGGCUGGGACGAGAAAGGGCUGCUGGCGCCCGGCAGCCUAGCCCAAGAGGGGUCUUCCCAGAUGACAUCCAACUUCUCCUCCUCCUCAAUUGAGACCCCCACCCAGGAUGGACUAGCCCCAAGUCCCCCACCAGAACAUGCUCUGAAAGAGACUGCAACCACUGACCCCAGUGAUCACACCACAGCCCAAGUGUCUGCAGGUUUAGACCCAUUAGAAGGGGCCUCUCAGACUGCCACUGCCAGCACCACUGCCAGCCUAUAGACUUGCAGCCAUGGGAUGAGCAACAACCCUCUGGGCUGUCCUGACUGUGCCUGCAAGACCCAGGGGUCCCACACAGACCAAGACUAGCUCUGGAAGGGGACUUGGACCUUGUUCCCAGACAUUUAGGAGGGACACGCUCUUGCCUCCUCCCUUUGGCUUCCAUACAUGCUCCACCAGGAUCAUUCCCAAGCUGGAAGCAGGGAGGCUGAAAAGAAAGGAAGUGGGAGGAAGGGGAGUGAUGGGACAAAGUGCUCUCUCCCUUGGGCAGGAAGCCCAGAGCCCUGCUGGGUCACUGUUGAACUCUAAUACUGGACCAGUUCCAGGAGGCCUGUCCUGCAGAACACAGCUACAGGGUGUUCUGAGCCAUCAGGAGCUUCAGGGUCCCCCAAGUUCAUCUUCCCUGACCUGUUUCUUAGCAAUUCAGUUUUGUUACCUGCUCUUCUGCCCACCCAGGGCUGCCAAUUAGCCCAAGGUUAUAACUCGACACCCUAGAGCAGAGGCUGUGGGGAGUGGAGCACUACUCUGGAGAGAGCCACUCUGAUCCACCACGUACAGUCCACAAAGUCACAACUCAAGGGCCAUCCAGCACAUAGGCCAAAUAUAAGGGUGCCCCCAAGUUGUGCCUGGCUGGAACAGGAACCAAGUCUGAUGAGUACGGACCUAAUGAGUAUGUGAAGACUGGACCAGUUGGCAUGAAUGAGCUUUACUGAGGAGGCAUUUGCUGCCCAGAAACAGAUGGGUCGGCUGGAAGAAAUAUAAGAACAGUUAUGCAUAUUAGGGCCACAUGGUCAGUACCUUCAUGGGCUGUUCUAGUGGAAGCCUCCCAGCUUUCCUGACAGAUGGGUGGUUAUUAUCUUGGUUUUAUGCUGAGGCCAAGAACCAGAGAGGUGAGGGGACCUCAUAGUUCCCCAUCUUGGUUGGUCUUAGCCCAUGCCCCCCUUGCCAUGUUCCUCGGGAGAACCUUCUUGCAGAUCCCAGAAUGAUUCUCCCCUACUGUGCACAUGAGGAAAACAAGGCCCAGGGAAAGAAAGUUAGAUAAGUCAUAGGAAAGGCAGGAGGUGUGGCAGAGCACUGGAACUGAGCUGGUCCUCGGGUGUGUGUGUGUGUGUGUGUGUGUGUGUGUGUGUGUG